AUGCCUCUUUGUGGUGGAGGUCCCAAGACUAUACAACGUAAGAUCGUUAUUCUAGGCGAUGGUGCGUGUGGUAAGACGUCACUUUUGAAUGUUUUCACAAGGGGUUACUUCCCCCAGGUUUAUGAACCAACUGUCUUCGAGAAUUAUGUUCACGAUAUCUUUAUUGAUGGCCAAUCUGUUCAGUUAUCCCUUUGGGAUACUGCAGGGCAAGAAGAAUUCGACAGAUUGAGAUCAUUGUCGUACUCAGAUACACACUGUAUUAUGUUAUGUUUCUCUAUAGACUCACCCGAUUCCUUGGAAAAUGUGCAAACAAGGUGGGCUGGAGAAAUUGCAGACCACUGUGAUGGUGUCAAGUUGGUGCUAGUCGCCCUUAAAUGUGAUUUGCGUAGUAACGAAGAUGCUGAAGACAACACCACUACCCCAGGCCACGACGAAGAGUCCUACAACCCAUACGGAGGUGGUGGACAAAACCCAUACAACAACUCAUCAUCAAAAAGAUUGAUUAGCUACGAUGAAGGCUUAGCAGUUGCCAAAAAGGUUGGUGCCUUAAGAUACUUGGAAUGUUCGGCAAAGAAGAAUAGAGGUGUCAACGAAGCUUUCUCUGAAGCAGCAAGAUGUGCACUUAACGCAAAGCCAAUGGGUGCAAAUGAUAACGAACCAGAAAAGAAGGGAUGUGUAAUUAUGUAA